AUUCACUCGUUCGUCGCCAUUUCACAUGAGUGUGAAUGUGGUUCACGAGAGUGUUCCUUAUUUCAAUUAAAAAUAAAUAUAUUACACAGAUUUACACGCAAAAUAUAACUAAGCGAGUUUGCCAAGGUAAGCAGCACUUUUAGCACUCAAAUUAACAAUAUUACGAAUACAUCGUGAAUUAUUCCGAGGAUUUAAUUUGCCAAAAUGGCGUCGAUCGGCUUUCGGAAACUCACUUUCAAUUUCAUUGAGUUUAGAGGUAAGAUUUGAAUUAUCUAAUGCUAAUCAAUUUAAUUUAUUUUCUGUUGUUUUUUUACAGAACAGUGACAUGGAUACAUCAUUGGAUGCGUCCUUAGUGACGCAGUCCAUAAAUUAUCAUGGACAGCAAUUGCAGAAAACUUGGGAAGCAGAAAGAGGGGAAGACGACUUGUCAAAAAUUGGCGUGGGCGCUGUGGAUUUCGCUGUAUACCAGUCAAGACACAAGCACUUGACGUUCCAAGAUCGAGGAAAACGUCUGAAACUACAUCAGUUUAUUGUUAAAGAGGCUAACGCUUUGUUUGAUAGUUCAAUUAUGGAAGAAACACCUUCGUCUUCUAGCCUUGGAACGGACGCGCCUGUACCAGAAGAUAAUCUAUAUGCUCUGAUGCCACCCUUUGAAACAUUUUUAAGUGUAGACAAGUCAGCAAGAUUGAGACAUUUCUUUGAUAAUGUGAAGACAGGUGAACUUAUUAUAGGAGCAGUCAUCAACAGGACUACAUCGGGUAUGAUGCUAAAGGUGUUAUGCACUGCGGGACCAACAUCAAGAUAUGUAGCUGACAUCAAUGUGAAGGCAUUCUUACCAGUAACAAAUAUCAUACCUGCUGUGGACAAGAAAAACAUAUCAAGAAACUACCUGAUGAAUGACACUGUAUGCUGUGAAGUGAUAGAAGUUAUCCCUGACACUGACAAAAUGGUGUGCGGCAUGAAGGGUGUGACGCGAGGCUCGGAUGACCCUCCACCUAAGCCACCACUGGGCCUACUCAGCACUGAUGACUUCCCACUCAUCUACAAGAAAACUGUGGAUAUGAAGGGAGAGAGUUAUGAAGCAAUAUUGGAGAAGAGUCCUGGCUUCAAUAACCCCAACUGCGUCCAAUAUCUUUCUGAACUGCUUGGAAUCUCCAACAUGCAUUGCACCAAUUUUCCAUCAUUGAGGGGAGGAUUUGUACCAACAGAAUAUGCUGAUGAACUACGUCAAGCGCAAGCCAGCAAAUGGGCGUUCCGUUCAGUUGCAGAAGGUAUAGAACAUUUUAAAGCCGGGCGUCACUCUGAAGCUUUCCAGUGUCUAAAUAAAGCAUUGAGCAUUGAUCCGAGAAAUGUCGAGGGAUUAGUAGCAAGGGGAGCACUUUAUGCCAAUAGUGGAACAUUUAAGAAGGCUAUUGAAGACUUUGAAACAUCCUUGAAAUUGAAUCCCAACCACGCUAAUGCUAGAAAAUAUUUAGGAGAGACAUUAGUUGCAUUAGGCCGUAGUUACGAAGACGAAAACAAGAUCACUGAGGCACAAAAAGCAUAUGAAGAUUGUUUAGCUAUAAUACCAUUCCAUGAAGAGGCGCAAAAUUCUCUCGAUUUCUUGAAGAGCAAGACGUCCACAACCAAGCCGUUAAUUGAACCAGCUGAAUUGUUGCUGCCUGGACUGACUGGGGCCAAGUCGUACGAGAUGAAAGAGACAUUGAAGCAGUUGUUAAAUUUAACUGAUAAGAAAGAUAAGAAGAAGAAAAAGAAGCGCGGCAAGGGUAAGAAGAAACGAUCGAGCAGUUCUUCAUCGUCGUCAUCCGACUCAUCAAGCUCCAGUUCAUCAUCGGACUCCUCGUCGUCGUCAUCUGAAACAAGUGAUUCUGAAGGACCUAAUCGCAAGAAGAAGCGUCGGUCUCAGCCUAACAGCAAGCGACAGCGUUCAUUGUCGCCACUGAGUAAGCGCAUGGAGAUGCUCGGCGCGCCUGAGGCCGGGUCUCGCACUCAUAACUCCCAGUUCAACCACCCGUACGGCUACCAGCCGCCCCCACCCCCUGUUGAAGAAGUUAACCCUGAGCCACAGAGGUCUCAAGCAGAUAUCGAUUAUGAACUAAAGGUGCGCAAGUUCUUAGAAAUGACCAAAGAAGAUUCAGACUAUGAAGAUAAAGUCCGGAAUUUCUUAGAAGAAACUGCGCAGUAUAAGCGCAACCGCAAGAUGCAGGAACUGGGUCAGCAGUCACAGCCUGGCGCUGAUCGUGACAAGAAGAAAAAGAAGAAGAAAGACAAGAAGAAGAAAAAGGAGUCUAAGAGAAAACGCAAGGAACAGGAAAGGGAAGAUAAGAGAAAAGCAAAGUUAGCGCGCGCUGCAGCCAACAAUGAAUACAGUCUACGCGAUCUGGACAGCAUUGGAGACAAGAAACUGAGAGAUGCUUUAAGAAAAGAGUUGAAGAGUAAGAAACGAGACCUUAGUUCGGACGGCGAAUAUGAUAGAAAACACGAUAAGAGGAUGCUAGACGAUAUGCACGGGCUCGAGGAGUUGGAGUCCAAGCUGAGCGCAUACCACGUAAUGGUGGAGAAGGAGGUGCUGCACAAGCGCGACGGGCGCGGCUCGCUCAGCCCCAUAGACCAGGCGCCGCCGCCGCCGCUAGAGAAGCCCAAGUGGAAGAUGUCCAUGAGUGCGGUCAAAGACACGGUCAAGAAGAAGGAAACGCCAGUACCAAAGGGUUAUAAAGAACAUUAUGCAUUUGAAGACAGCUCUGAUGAUUCACAAGAGAAUAAUAAGCCAUCUCCGUCAAGUGGCGAUAAAAACGUAUCGGUACGUAGGGCUAUGGCAAUGAAGGAACCACCGCCGUUGCCGUCUGCGCCCCCGCCGAACAAGCGAGAGCCGGACCCGCCCGGUACCGAGCCUGCACAUCCAGUCCGUAAAGGCAACAUAGUCCUAGACAAGUUUGGUUCAUUCCGACUAGCGCAAGAGGGUGAAACUCCGGUAUCUGUGGGAGAUGGACGACCAGAACAAUUUGUGACGCGCAUCAAACCACCUUCCCCUUCAGGGCGCCGACCACGCUCACCACCUUCACCGAGAAGGCAUUCAUCUAACUCUUCUGAUGACGAUAGAAGAUCUAAGCGUUCUAGGAGCAGGUCGCGACCACGUAAGUACCGAUCCCGGUCUCGGUCUCGGUCGCGGUCAGCAUCGAGUGCGAGUGGCUCCGUGGCGUCGCGGCGCCGUCGUUCGGGCUCGCCUCGCUCCCGCUCUCGCUCCGACGCAAGCCGCUCCUACUACUCCCGCAGCAGAUCUCGAUCACGGUCUGGCUCAAGGUUCCGCCGUUUCGUGCGUCGCGGAAACUGGCGAGGUCGCGGUGGGUAUGAACGCGGCACGUACUACCGUCCUCGCUUCCACACGUACAACGGCGGUGGUGGCGGACGUGGACGCGGCCGUGGUGGCGGCGGAGAUUUCCGCCGUGAUGAUGGGCGUCGGUUCCAACAAGAAUGGCGUGACAACCGCUCAAGAGGAGGUCGUCCAUUCAGGCCACGCCGGGGCGGCGGUGGCCGUGGUAGACCCUUUAGGGGUGGUGGUUUCCGUGACUUUAGAGAUCGCAGAGGCGGUCGUUAUUCAAGAUCACGUAGUCCUGAAAGGCCACGUAGAUCCAGGUCCUACAGCCCAGAGCGACGAGACAAAGAUAGAGACAGCUAUUCCCGUUACUCUGAACGCGAUAGCCAUCGUAGCGAAGGUGAAUAUGAAGAAGAAAGAUACGUGGACAGAAAAGAAUACGACGGAAAGUGGGCUGAUGGAAACGAGCCCGAAAGAAACGCCCAUCCCGAGGAGAAGCCACCCGCGGAACAACAAGCCCCCAAAGAAUAAAAUCACAAGAGUUUGGUUUUGCCACAGAGUGCUAGUUUUACGGUUAGGUAUUAAAGUUUGUUUAGGUGCUAAACACCACUUACGUACGUAUUGACUGUGAAUCAUCUGAUCUACUACAUACAAAUUGAAUUUUAAUACUAUAUCUCUUUCCGAGAAUGGCAACCUUAUUUUUAAAGCAAAUGCAGAUUAUCUAUUGUAUCAAUCUUUUAUAUCUUAUUUCUGCAACUUUCUUUUUUUAUAUUCUGUUAUUACAUUUAACAUCAGUUAUCCACGGUCAAUUUUUAUUACAAAAUGUAUUCUUAGUUACGAUUACUUGUAAAUAUAGGUAUAGAGUACAAUAUGAAUGUAUUCCUUUCUGUUUUUUCGUGAAUGUACGUAGAUUAGAAUACCGGUUACGCAUUUAUGUUUACUUUGAAAUACUAACAAUUAAAUACUGCAUAAAUAUUUGGAUUUCUAAUUAUAAUUUCAAUUUCCACUUGAUAAACAGAUCAUUCCAAAGUUUAAUGGAAUGAAAUAGCAUAGUCAGUCACUAUAAUAAAGUUUUAUUUUAUUUGUAAUUGGUGUAACUAAUUCUAUAAAGUGACUUUCAAUGUACA